AUGUUUGAUGUGAGAGAAGCAGAGAGGUCGGAGGAUACCCGGGAUUACCAGGCAGUUAUCAAGCUGCUUCUCAACCAUGGGGCCAAUCCGAACAACGCGACAACUAGCUCACCAUCGUGGAUAUCGCCUUUGAUGUUAGCUACUAGAUGCGGCAAUCUUGAGACUACCAAGAUUUUAUUAGAACAUGGGGCGUCUCCUUCACUGCACUAUGCUGCCUACACAAAUGGAUAUGGAUCUGCGCUGGAUGAGUGGCAAAGUUCAUUGAAGAUGGCUUGUUACUUUGAAUCUCCAGAACGCGAGUCUAUGAUCGACUUACCGUUGCAGUAUGGCGCUGAAGUAAACCUUGAAAAUGCGAUGAGUGAGACUCUACUAUUUGCAUUUAUCGACGGUAAAUUUGAUGAUUCGAUUGAUUUGAUUCGCGAACUUCGCAAACGUGGUGCUGUAGUCAACUACCUGAAUAUCAACUACAAUACACCUUUACAUCUCUGUCAAUGA